AUGUCUAGCAAGCACUAUUUCCCCGAGACAGCAGUCAAUACUCUAGUCCCCCGAGCGUUGAAAGCUCUCGUUGCAGCGAAUCCCUCCCUCGCCCUCAUCGAGUCUGAACGAGUCGUUUUCAAUACAAAUCAUGAUGAAUCCAUAGUUGCAGUGAUAAGUGGCGGCGGCAGUGGCCACGAACCUAGCUGGUCCGCUUAUGUUGGAGAUGGACUGCUGGCCUCGGUAGCUUGUGGUGACAUCUUCGCCAGCCCAAGCAUGAAGCAGGUUCUCUCUGCAAUUGCUAGCUCUCCGUCACGGAAAGGCACAAUCUUGCUCAUCACCAACUAUACUGGCGAUAAUCUCCAUUUCGGUCUCGCGGCUGAAAGGGCCUUGGCUGUUGGUCUCACUCCCAAGGUUACAGUGCUUCCAGCGACCGAUGAUGUCUCGAUUGGUAAAAGCAAAUCUGGCAAAGUUGGGCGACGAGGCCUAGCUGGAAAUUCCAUCACGAUGAAGGCGAUAGGGGCAGCGGCGGCAAGAAACUUUGGAUUUGAGCAAUGUGUAGAAAUCGGCAAGGCCGUGAACUCGCAGCUGGCUACUAUUGGAUCGGCAUUGGAUCAUUGCCAUGUACCGGGACGCCAGAACCACGAGUCGAUUCCUGACGACACAUGUAUAGCGGGAGCUGGUAUACAUAACGAGCCUGGAGCGCAACGAUUAACACCAUUUCCUUCGGUUGAAGAUCUCAUAGAUCAUCUAUUGAAGCUUGUCUGUGAUCCGAAUGAUCCUGAACGGGGAUAUGUCAAGUUCGGUGACAAUGACGACGUAGUUCUCUUUAUCAAUAACUACGGUGGCAUUUCCAAUCUUGAACUUGGCGCCCUAACCCAGGAGAUUAUUGAGCAACUUGAUGCCAAAUGGCAUAUCAAGCCGGUGAAGAUCUACGCAGGCACCUUCGAAAGCUCACUCAACGGGCCGGGAUUCUGUGUGACUCUAUGUAACAUUUCAACUGCAGCAACUGCAUGCAAGUUGAGUUCAUCCGAGCUGCUGGAUCUGUUGAGCGAUCCUACCGCAGCUCCUGCAUGGCCCAAUGUCCUUUCAAACACCUCGACAAAAGUCACAGGGAAAGUCAUUCAACGAAAUAAUAAUGUUUCAACACGACCUAAAAUUUCAUCCUCGGAAGACAUUCUUGAGGCUUUUUAUCUAGUGGAUCCAUCAUUACUCGACCGUGUCGUAAGACAGGGCUGUGUAAAGGCCAUCGCUGCGGAGCUAAGCCUUACAAAAUGGGAUAUGGUGAUGGGAGAUGGUGACUGUGGAGAAGCAGUGUUUGGAGUAAGCACAGAUAUCAUCAAACUCCUCGACUCUGGCGUCGCAAAAACCGGGUCUAUAUUCGAUGUAUUAUACUCCAUAAUUGACGCAGUUGACAACAUGGGCGGCACACUCGGUGCAAUAUUUGGCAUCUUCCUCGCUGCUCUAGCCACUUCCCUACGAACUUCCUCAACCCAAUCUCUCUCUAACCCAGCGCCUCCAUCCUCCCAAGGAUAUGCCCGGGCAAUUGGCCAGGCAACGGAGAAGUUGAAGAAUUAUACCGGUGCUAGAGAGGGAGACCGUACAGUGAUGGACGUUCUCCUCCCCUUCGCAGCAGCUUUUGAGAGCUCCGCAGACUUUGGAAAGGCUGUGGCGGUGGCCAAGGAAAAGGCAGAGGCAACGAGGUAUCUGAAACCGAAGUUUGGGAGAGCUUCGUAUGUUGGGAAGGGGGGAAAGGAGCAGGAAUUGCCUGAUCCUGGAGCGUGGGCAUUGAUGGAGAUGUUGAGUGGGAUGUUAGAAGGAAUCGACUAA